AUGGGAUGCCCAUUCGAAUUCGAGUUGCGGUAUACUGUAACUCUAGGUGGGGACUAUUUGGGGAUGCAUAUGGAAGUGGUGAAUACUGGUGCGGAGGCUAUGCAGUUCACAACAGCUCUUCAUACGUACUUCUCGGUCGGAGAUAUUACUACGACAACAGUAGCGGGAGUUGGUGAGCAUCAUUACAACGAUACGGCUCAGGGAGGCAAGGACUGUUAUGAUGGGAAUUCGGUGGUUGAGUUUAAUGAGGGUAUUGUGGAUAGAGUGUAUAAGCAAGCAGCUGUCCCCGCUCAUAUACUUUGUGACGGUUUUGAGAUAUUGAUGGCUGAGAAGAGCCCGUCGUUCCCGGACACUGUUGUGUGGAAUAUUGGCAGCGACUCGUUAGGCGAUAUGCCCGCGGGGGACUUCAAGAGAUACAUUUGCGUCGAGUCUGCAGCCGCAGUAGAGCCAGUGAAGGUAGCCCCUGGUGAUUCAUGGGAAGCUGACCAGGAGCUUACCAGAUGCCUUCCUAAUAGUAACGGCAGUGCUUGA